AAAUUCCAUUGCAGGCGGGUCGCCUGAUCGUGUCGCUGUGUCGGGAUUAACUAACCCGCUCCGGACGGCUGUUAUGGCCCUGGUCGUACCUACGUCACGAGUUCCCUCCUCCAGCAAGGCCGCCAACAGCGCGAAAACGCCCGAAACCAAGUACCAUCAUGUGCUAGGCAUCGCCAUGCCCCUUGUCCGUUGCCAAACUUUUUUUGACCUCUUCUGGCUACGAGGACGGUGAGAAUGCCCGCGUCAGUCAGGUCAAGACCGAUACCCCAGUCCGUCUGCCAGGAGCUGCACCGUCAUGGGGCUUGCUCUCCCGUUACGCCGACUCUGUUGCCAAACAGAGGCUUCGUUCUGCCUAGGGCGGGCUCCUAGAAUUUUUAGGAGCACCGUCCUACCCCAUCGGGCGAGCAUUCGCGCGUUCUUGUCCGGUGCCGGCGCGCGUCCUCGGUCGCGAUCAUGGCGGCCUCAUCGCCUCACCUCCCGCACUCUGAUGGCCGCCUCUGGCAGUUGGCUGGCCGCUUCCGCAUUCGUCGAGCUUUCAGAGGAUGGCAAUGCCGGCCCUGACGAGACUCGCGAGGAGCGCAUGCUUGAGAUUUCGCGGGAGGAGGUCAGAAAGACCGCUGGCGAGAACGACGGGACUCUGGCCUGGCUAUGGCGCCGCGCCGUGGUGUUCCUAGAUCUUUACAUCUGGGAGCCCGUAUGUACCGGCUUUCGUUUCUUGCAACUCUUCGCCAUUUUCGUACCCGUCAUCCUGACCGUGCCGGCGAUCUGGAUUGGGCGCCGCCGACCGGAGCGCGAUAAUGAGCGGUCCGGGACGUUGUGGUGGUAUGGCUUUCUAGUGCAGGCUAUGGAGUGGGCAGGUCCUGCUUUCAUCAAGUUGGGUCAAUGGGCCGCCUCAAGGUCCGACAUCUUCCCGAGCGAACUGUGCGACCUCAUGUCGAAGCUUCACGCCAACGCCCCCGCCCACUCUUUGCAUGCAACAAAACGGAUCGUUCAAGAGGCUUUUGGAGGCCGUGAUUUCGAUGACAUAUUUGAUGAAUUUGACGAAAGGCCUCUAGGUGUCGGGGCCAUCGCGCAAGUAUAUAAGGCGAAACUGAAGCCUGACCUUACAAUGCCAGGGGAUGUCGACGUUCCCCAGGAGCCCCUCGGCCUUCGCCACAACGUCCGCAAGAAUGUUGGGUCCGUGUUCAAGAGCAGCCCAAAGCGCGUCCCGUCGUCAUACGUUGCUGUUAAAGUCCAGCACCCAGGCGUCGAAAGAACGGUGCGACGCGACCUCCGCAUCAUGCGGUUUUUUGCGUGUGUGCUCAAUGCAAUACCCACGAUGGAAUGGCUCUCGCUCCCGGACGAAGUCGACCAAUUCGGCUACAUGAUGAACCUGCAACUGGAUCUGCGCAUCGAGGCCGCCAAUCUGUCGAGAUUCCGCAAAAACUUCAAGGACAGGACUACCGCCUGGUUUCCAUUCCCCUAUACGGAUUUCUGCACUCGGAAUGUGCUCAUUGAGGAGUUUGCGCACGGCAUCCCCCUCGCCGACUUUAUGGCAAAUGGGGGAGGCGUGUUCCAGCACGAUAUCGCGUCUGAGGGUCUCGACGCCUUUUUGCGCAUGCUCCUCCUUGACAACUUUGUUCACGCCGACCUCCACCCGGGAAACAUCAUGGUGCGGUUUUAUGAGGCCGAUCGGCCCAGCUUGCACCUGCGACGCUCGCCCGAAAAGCCUGGCAUCGCUCGGGACGGAGAUGUGACGGAAAAGGUGCUAUCGCGCCUACGUCCCUACCGCCACAACAAGGCCCUCUGGGACGCGGAGUUGGCCGAGAUUGACCGCGAGGGUUUCCGCCCACAGCUCGUCUUCAUCGACACGGGCCUCGUGACGGAGCUCAACGCCACCAAUCGGCGCAACUUCCUCGACCUCUUUCGAGCUGUGGCCGAGUUCGACGGUUACAAAGCUGGCCAACUGAUGUGCGAGCGGUGUCGGCAGCCCGAUGCAGUUCUGGACAGCGAGGUGUUUGCCCUGAAGAUGCAGCAUCUAGUGCUCGGUGUAAAGAGUCGGACACUCGCCCUCGGCAACAUCAAGAUUGGCGACAUCCUGCAGCAAGUUCUAGGCAUGGUGAGGCAACACCACGUCCGCCUCGAGGGCGAUUUCGUCAAUGUCGUCAUCAGCAUCCUGCUGCUCGAGGGUAUCGGCCGCAGCCUGAACCCUGACCUCGACCUUCUCAGCAGCUCUCUCCCGAUACUAAGACAACUGGGCGCUCAGAGCGGAAAGGACAUGGUCAAAGAGGGCGACUUCUCGAUGUUGAUGGUCUGGGUGGGCCUCGAGACCAGGAGAUUCAUGCAGGCCAGUGUUGAAGACGUUGAGAGAUGUGUUCGAUACGAUCUCCUCUCCCCUAAUGUUUAAGAGUCCUGCAGCUCCGCUGUGGUGUUCCCGCCUCGGGCACGGCUUUGGAUGUCGCUGUGGGGAAAACGGUUCAAGGCUCUGAGGGUACCCCUACGUCGUCAGUGUAGAACUGCACUGGUGCUUAGUAUUAUUAUUCACAAUCAGCACAAAAGAAUAAGCGUAAGGCAAACUGUCCACAGCAUCUCGUGAGGGCCCUCUUGUCCGGCCAUUCAUCUUGCUGGCGAGUUUGCUGCACGAAGGUAGUCCACAGCGACCGCUCGUGUAUUCUUACUUGUGCAGUUGCCUUGCCAGGAGCCGCCCAUCCCUUGCUGAGGUGCUCAAGGCUUGGCGCACGUGCGGAAAUCAGAUAGUUAGAUGCACGUC